UGGUCACUUAAUGGCCUACAACAAAAGCGGGGCACGGCAACUGCCGUACAUCAACCACCUUGAUAAAAUGACAAUCGAACUGCUCGUCCUACCGAAUAGCUAAGUUAGCUAGCUCCUGUCUUGUAUUUGUCGGUGGAUGGCAGCAGCACACCUUGAAGAGCUGCUGUCACUACAUUCAAGGACGAAGAAGAACGUUUCGUUUGCUCUCUUUUAAUUGGUCAAUAGAAUGGCUCGGUGUAGCACAACUGACCAAUAGUUAUACACCCAAGUGUGGGUACGUCAAAUCAGGAGUGUUGUGGGUGGGACAUCGUCCUGCAAAAUUAUCUACUCCUAAAUUCAACCGUUGAGAGUGUGUCGUGAGUCCACUCUGCACUCUUUGAUAGUUGUGGAUGGAACCGCCUAUCGGACAGUAUUUGAGAUCAUAUAAGUUACCUGUCAAUGUUAGAAAAAAAUGUUAGAAGUCCACGCGAGUGCCUAAACUACAGCGCUUAAGUCAGCAGAUGACAAUAGUCUGCAAGGUUAGCUAAGCUAACUACCUAGCCUGAAGCAUGCCGAAUUUUUGCGCGGCCCCGAACUGUACACGGAAGAGCACUCAGUCAGAUUUGGCAUUUUUUCGAUUUCCACGGGACCCAGAGAGAUGCCGAAUCUGGGUAGAGAACUGCCGCCGGGCAGAUCUAGAGGCAAAAACAUCAGACCAGUUGAACAAGCACUACAGAUUAUGUGCCAAACACUUCGACCCAGCUAUGGUGUGCAAAACAAGCCCCUACAGGACUGUACUGAAGGAUACAGCCAUUCCAACUAUAUUUGAUCUGACAAGCCAUCUAAGAAAUCCCCAUACCAGACAUCGCAAGCGGAUUAAAGAACUUACUGAAGAAGAUAUAAGGAAGAUUAAAGAAAGGAGAUUGGCAUCUUCUAUUGAACAGCUUGUUUCCAAAAAAGAUUCCACAGUCGAGGAUAGCACAAGCGCCAAUGAGGAUGAACCUCAACUGUCCACAGAGGAGAAGGAGUUUCGUGAAUACCUGAGGUCCUUGUUUGAGGUUGUGGUCAUGUUAGGAAAACAGAGUAUCCCAUUAGUGGCUGACAAAGCAUCUGAAGCUGAGCACCUGUCCAGCAACUUCCAGGCUCUUGUGCAUUACCGCAUGAACAAUGGAGAUGAAGCUCUGAAGAAGCGGUUUGAGGCGACAGCUGUGAACACAGAAUACCUCUCCACAACCCAGCAGAGCCAGCUCUUGGAUGUCUGUGAGAACACAGUGAGAGAGGAGAUGUUAAUGGAGGUGAGAGAGAGUCGCUUCUUCUCCCUAGUGACAGGUGACCUUGUUGACUUUGCCAACGAGAAACACCUGCCUCUGUUUUUACGCUUUGUGAAUCAGCAGAACGUCCUUCGAGAGGAGUUCUUGGACUUUAUGCUGUUUGAUGGUGAUGAGUCUGCACUGGUAGAGAGGAUGGAGGCCCAGCUGACUGAACGGUGGGGGCUUAGCAUGGAGGACUGCCGUGGUCAGGCCCACAAGGCCACUGGGACUUCCACCACCAAGAUGAAAGCUGUGGCAGUAUUACUGAUGGAGAAGUAUCCCCUGGCAUUGCACAUGCCUUGCUCUCAUAUGCCCCUGAACAUCCACCUGGCCAACAGCCUGCCUUUUCCCAAUGUCCAGGUAGUCAUGGAGACUCUGAGGAGGAUUGGCGCUUUCUUUAGAAGCCAGUUUACUCAGAAUGAACUGGAGAAAGCUAUUUCUACUCACUACCAGAAAAAUGAAGAGAAAGGAACCACACUGAAACAGGCAUGUGGCUCGGGAUGGACGGAGCAGCACAACGUCUUUGAUGUGCUGCUUGAUUUGUUGCCGCUCCUGCUACUGUGCAUGGACAGCAUUCGGGACAAUGACGACGGAAAGUUUGCUGACGCUGCCACAGCGGAUGCGUAUUCAAUUGCAGAAACCAUCGCAGACUUUGAGAUCAUUGUCACCAUUGUCAUCUUAAAGAAUGUUCUCACGUUCACCAGAGCCUUCGGGAGGAAUCUGCAAGGGGAAACACUCGAUGUGUUUUUCGCUGCCAACAGUCUAACUGCUGUCCUGCAUUCACUAAAUGAGGUCAAUGAUAACAUUGAUGUCUACCAUGAAUUCUGGUAUGAGGAGGCGGUAAGUGUGGCCACUGUAAUGGAGAUUCCAGUGAAGGUCCCAAGGCUGUUUCUUAGGAAACAGCGUGCAGCUGACGUGGGAGAAAUCCAAGCAGAGGCGUAUUUUAAGGAGUACGUGACUGUCCCUGUUAUCCAUGGCAUCAUGCAAGAGGUGGAGGACAUGUUCUCUGAGACCAACCUCAAAGCUCUCAAGUGCCUGUCACUGGUCCCAGCCGUCAUGGGCCAAAUGAAGUUCAACACCACUGAGGAGAACUAUGCUGAUGUUUACCGCGACGACCUCCCCAACCCAGACACACUUCCUGCGGAGCUUCACUGCUGGAGAAUCAAGUGGAAGCACAGGGGCAAAGAGGUGCGCCUGCCCACCACCAUCCAUGAAACCCUUCAGCUGCCAGAUGUCAAGUUCUUUCCCAACGUGAACUCCUUCCUGAAGGUGCUUUCCACCCUGCCAGUGCUGAAAUUAGAGGACAACAGAAGUGACACAGCGAGUGAACGGCUGCAGGCUUAUCUCAGCAACAUGCCUGUUAAGCAGUGGAACAAGAGUCUUGCAAUGCUUAACAUUAACACUCACGUCAAACAUGACUUGGAUGUCAUGGUAGACAAAUAUUGCAGACUCUAUCCAGAAGAUGAUCCCGAGGCAGAGUCUGAGGAAGUGGCUGAGGAAGAUGCGAUGAAAUGAUGACACAGAUCCUGAGCUUAUUUAGCUGUUUGAAUGGGACAAAACUGAAUGAAAUAGACAUGCUGUCAGUCAUAAACACAUCCUCUUUUUGGUCGCUCUUUUAUAUUUUUGUACACUUUGAUAUAAGUACUAAUCAUUUUCAUGUACAUGUAAAGAGUUAAUAGAUGCCAUUUGUACUCAGUCCCUGAGCUUUCCAGGAAAAAUUAUUGUAUUUAGUGAAAGUAAUGUUGUAUUUAAAUGCAGCGCAGCUUAAUCUUGAAUUGUAAAUAAGUAAGCAAAUUUGGCAGGACGAAAACAUAAAAAUAAAUUGUGAGCAAAGAUAGCAACACCACAAAGUGUCCAGAAAUGUAAGGCGCUAUCAAAGACGUCACCUGUAAAUAUUUGAAGUUCUGUCAGGCUGUUUUAUUUAUUAGACUAGCCUUUUCUCUUACAGUGCCGUGACCUUAUGGAAAGUAUUUUUAUCUUUCCCCUUCCCUUCGUUUAUUUUAUUUGUCAAGUUCGGUAGAUGUGUUUUCCUGCACACAUGAAAUAAACUGCUCAUUUACUGUUGGCGUUCCUUUAGUGUGAGCUUUCAGCUCAAACCCCAUGAUGAAGGCGAGCAGCCCUGUUGAUUCCCUUCCGCUGACUGUGAGGCAGGAAGAGCACAAGAGGGAGCAGUUACACCAAUAUCAGCAGUAUCCCUUUAUUCAGGCUCAAUGGGAAGCAUUUUUUAUAAAUAGGUGUAUACUGCUAGUGUGACAUGUUGGAUACUUAAAAAGGCCAGUGUGUUGAAAGUUCACCUCUUUAAAGAGUAAAGUCUGAUUUGGAUUAGCACUUGAUCAAAUAAGGCAUUGAACAGGAGGACAAUACCAUUCUGAGAUGCAACGAAAAUACACGUUCGGGUCACUGUCUUGUAGGAAAAACAACUGGGACAUAACUCUGGAUGUAGCAGUAAUUGUAUGUUGUGAUAAUUAUUUAUGGAAAGAUGAUUCUUUUUUUUUUGCUGCAUUAUUCAUUAACUUGUAAGAUUUUUACCUGAACUUUCACAAUCUGUUUUCAGUUUGGUUGAAUAAAAUCCUUUGUAUAUCA